AUGGGCUGGAGAGAGGGAGGAGGAGGAGGAGGAGGAGGAGGAGGCUGCUGCUGCCCGGGUCUCAGGCUCAACGAAGACAACGCGCGCUUCGCCUUGCUCGCCCUUUUCAUCCUGUGUUACCUGGUGCUGGGGGCGGCCGUGUUCUCGGCCGUCGAGCGGCCGCGGGAGCUGCGGGCUCAGCGGGCGUGGGGCCGGAGGUUGGCUAACUUCAGCCGGAGCCACAACAUCAGCCGGGGGCAGCUCGCCGCCUUCCUCCGCGAGUACGAAAAAGCCUUCGGUGUCGGCAUUAGGGUGGAGCCGCUCAGACCCAGAUGGGAUUUCACGGGAGCGUUUUACUUCGUGGGGACGGUGGUCUCCACUAUAGGCUUUGGGAUGACGACGCCAGCAACCACAGGUGGUAGGGUCUUCCUGAUCUUCUACGGCUUGGCUGGCUGCUCUGCUACCAUCCUGUUCUUCAACCUGUUCCUGGAGCGGAUCAUCACCCUGCUGGCGUAUGUCCUGCGCUGGUUCCAUCAGAGGGGGGAGAUGGGCUCAGCUGCCCGCCGGGUGUCCAGCCACUCGGGGGAGGUGGACAGUCUGGAUGGCUGGAAGCCUUCCGUGUAUUACGUCGUGCUGAUCUUGGGCAUGGCGUCCAUUGUGAUCUGCUGCUGCGCCUCGGCCAUCUACUCGCCCAUCGAGGAGUGGACGUACGCCGAGUCCCUCUACUUCUGCUUCGUGGCGUUCAGCACCAUUGGGUUCGGGGACCUGGUGAGUAGCCAGCGGCAAGCUUACGUCAACCAAACGCUGUACCGGGCGGCCAAUUUCCUGCUCAUCCUGACGGGCGUGUGCUGCAUCUACUCACUGUUUAACGUUUCCUCCAUCAUCAUCAAGCAGUUCCUCAACUGGAUGCUGAGGAAGAUUGAGUGCCGGCAUUGCCGGUGCAGGAAGAAGCCACGGACCCAUUGCAACGCGGUGCACCCCUUGGGUUCCAAGUCCAGGAGGCAGGAUGUCUCGGUGGAGACGGUGUGUGACAGCGAGACUGAAGGGCGGCGGAUGUCGGGUGAGAUGAUAUCUGUCAAGGACUUCCUGGCCUCCAACAAAGUAUCCUUGGCCAUCAUGCAGAAGCAACUGUCCGAGACAGCCAAUGGUGGUCCCAGGCAAAGCCACUCUCGGUGCAAUGGGCUCUCCAGGGGUGUUGGAGCCUUGGCCAUCAUGAACAAUAGGCUGGUGGAAACAAGCGUGGACAGGUAA